AAGGCGAAGAGUACACAGAAGGAAACGGUGCAGCAGCAGGCGAUGCCUCGCGGGCCAAGGCAAGACCGAAAGCGCGUGCGCUAGCGCAGCAGCCUCCCAAGGCCAAAGGGCGAAACAAUGGCAAGAGGAAGGCCUCUACCAGUGCAGAAGCGGGAACAAGUGGAGGCGAGAAGGAUUACAAUGGCAGCUCUUCUGUAGGACCUAGCUCGGCCAAGGCGAAGAAGGGCAUCAUACUUCCACCCAAGAUUCACUGUUGUCGGGUAUACAAGCACAAGUCAGCAACGCAUUCGACUCGCGAGAAAUGUCCUUUGGUCCCGGGAGGAGAGUCAUAUCUAGCAACUCUAUCUUCUCUCCAGAGAACUACACCGAGACUUCAAGCUUGUUGAGCAGCCAGCCCACUCAGUCUCAGGCUGGGCCCUCUACGCCGACGAAGAGAGCCAGAACGGGAAUCGUGCUACCAUCCAAGAAUGGACAGGGGACGGGGAGCCAGAAGAGCUCCCAGGAGAGUCACGAUGAUGGCAUAAAGCUAGCAGAGGAGCCCGAGUCUCAAUGGGACAUGCUGAUCGCAGCCAGCCAGUCGGGAGCCAAGGCAUCUCCGCGACAGAGGCAACGCAAAGAAGUCAAGGUACCCACUGAAGUCAGACUGCUCAGAUUGUGUCCCUUCUGUGAGGCGGCGAUGCCACGGCGAGUUUCGCUCGAGUGCUGUGAGAUGAUGCAGCCCUGGUUGGAUCGGUACCAUUCGGGCAAGCCCAUCAAGGUGACGGACACGGCAGCCGUGUGCGAGAAGCAUCGAGCAGAGUCUGACAUUAUCCCGCGGGGAAAGAAGCAAGGCUGGCCUACGACGCUCGAUCUUGACAAGCUGGCUCAGAGGCUCGAGGGUGGUCAAGGCAGAGACAGCAUGACUGAGUUGCUCCGCGCACCGCGUGAGAGUCCAUUCUUCAAGUCUGCGAUGCAACGGCGGGCGGCGCGAACGCACAAGAUGGACCGGUCACCUGCCGAGAGUCUCGAUGUGCAAGCCGGCUACUAUGGCGAGACGGGGUAUGAACUAUUACGCAAGACCCUCACCAGCUGGUUCUACUUCCAGCCCCUGGACGAGGGCUGCAACUUGCAAUCGGUGGCACUCCUUGAGGUCAUCAAGCCCCUCACCUCUGUCGAAUUCAUCGGGGACGUUUUGGUACCAGAGCUAGCAUGUCGACUGAUAGUCGAAGACUACGACAGACGCAAAGGCGUCAACAAGCGCACACUCAGCUUCGAAGAGGCGAGGGAGAUUAAGCUUGAUAGCGCACCGUAUGGUAUCGCCAUGUUCCCAGCUGAAGGUGCUGGCGCAGGCGAUGACCUCUUUGCCAAAGCAGGUCAGCAAGGUAGCAAGACGCUGGGCUCGUAUAGCAACAGCCCUUCUGCAGGACGACGGGCACCCUCCGUACCUUCCGUCGCGACGACAACAGCUUCUCGAUCACCACGCCGCGCCGUUGAUUCAGCUUUGAACGCACCUACGAUGGCUGUCAAGGCUAAAGCUAGGCCAUUCCUGCAGCGAUCUCCCUCUUCCUCUGCUCCCACGCCUUUGAGCGGGGGAAGUGCUCUUCCCGCCAAUGGUGCCUCGACAUCCUUUCUCGACAUGAUCAGGCCAGUGAGACCCCGGCCUGCUCAUGCCCUCUCGCAACCUGUCGGCGGCAGCGGCACGGGCACCCUGGACGAAAGUAAAAGAGGCCUGAACAAGAGGAGCAUCCUUGUUUCGGACGACGAGAGAGAGCGUCACAAGGACGAUGAUGAUGAUGAUGAUGACGACGACGACGACUUCUUCGACCGUAGCCGGCCUUCCCUCUCGAGCAAGCCUAAGAGGAGCACACCGAGACAGAUUCCCAACCCUCAGCGCGUCGUUGUGGAUCUUCGUGACGACGAUGACGACGACGACGAUGACUUACGUGGCUGGAUGGCGGGAAAGGGCAGAGAGGAGGCUCCUCUCCUACCUUCCAGCGCAGACGUGACAGCAGCCGAACAGACGAAAGAAGAUGGAGACGAGCAGAACAGCUCACAUCGCAACGGCAGCGGCGCCGUCCCCUCUACGACUGGCACGACUCUACAGACGUAGUUUCACAUGACUCUCCUGUCCUGAGCAUCUCAGACAGAAUGACCCGAACGCAGCAUUGGCUUACGCCUAUCCUCUCGAUUUCGAGUACGCGAUGACCGUGCAGGAGAAAGGCACUGGGAAAGCACCCACAAAAUCCCAACGACGAGACACACGUUCCAAUCUACCAUGCCUCUCUUUGCCGCCCCUGUUUCGCAUCAUCAAUCUUUGGUCAUGAGACUUUUGCCUAUUGU